GUCAAAUAAUUUCUGUAGGCUAGUAACAUUAAAAUCCGCUGUCUUUUGGGAAAAAUCUACUUGUGAGAUUUUUGUGACAUGGCUGGAAAUAACGCUGAAGAAGUAGAGGGUUCGGCUGGGACCGACAAUAAAAACACUAAUGCUGAAGUUCCACCUGAGUUCCUCAUAAAACAUCCGCUUCAAAAUACUUGGAGUUUGUGGUUUUACGACAACGACAGAACUAAAUCUUGGGAAGAGAACCAAAUUGAAUUAACCAACUUUGAUACAGUAGAAGAUUUUUGGAGAUUGUAUCAUCACAUCAAACAACCAUCAGAGCUGCGUCAAGGUCACGACUAUGCCGUUUUCAAGCAGGGAAUCAGACCUAUGUGGGAAGAUGAUGCCAACAAAAUGGGAGGCCGCUGGCUCAUAAGCUUGGAGAAGAAACAAAGAAAUUCAGACCUAGAUCGGUUUUGGCUGGAUGUGGUUCUCCUAUUGAUUGGCGAAAGCUUUGAGCACUCUGAGGAAAUAUGUGGAGCUGUGGUCAAUGUGAGAUCCAAAGUUGAUAAAAUAGCUAUUUGGACUGCUGAUACAUCUAAACAGCAAGCUAUCUUGGAGAUUGGGAGGAAGCUAAAGGAGCAACUGGGCAUUCACGGGAAGAUUGGUUUCCAACUUCACAGGGACACCAUGGUCAAGCAUAGUUCUGCCACCAAGAAUCUGUACACUGUAUAGACUAGCUUAUACCUAUGUUAAGCAACUACAAUGAGGCCAUCAAGAAUGUAUUCAAUUUCUUCAGAUCUCUUUACUUUGGAAAUUAGUACCAAGUAAUGCUGAUUUCUUGGUUUGAUUAGCUUUUAUUGUUUGUGAAAUAGAAUGUUAAAAUGAAAUAUUAUGUAAUUUAGUUUUCUUAAACAAUCGGUAUUGAAGCACAAAAGGAAAUAUAAUGUUUUCACUCUCAUUCAAACAUAGCUCCAUUGUAGUUGAGUACUGCUAGCUUAGAAAAUGUUUUUAUUUAACAGAAGUAAUAUUUACGUUAAAUGUUUCUGUGUCGAUGAGUUAUUUCACUCAAUAUUCUACGGCAAUUGAAAACGAAAGUCUGAUGUUGUGCGUUUGCGCUGUAUUGUUGAGGUUGCUUAGAUAUAAGUCUCAUAUAAGAUUAAAUUAGACAAGUGACACACUGUUUUUAACAUUUUAACCAUUUAUUUAUAUGUAUAUUGUAACACUUGGUUAUCCUGCAACAUUAUGAACUUACUCUUACUAAAAUCGGCAACUGUGUUUAUCACUGGUCUAGAGUAUUUUGAUAUUUCAUUAAAAAGCAAUAAAAUACAA